UGAGCUUGAGCUAUUGAUAAAUUAUUCAUCACAAAAGACAAAUAUAUUAAGACGAAAGAAGAAUAUUGCGUUGACGAAACAAAAAUAUUAUCAAAAUGAAAUAAGAAUGUCAUUUUCAAAUUAGAGUUUUUGAGAUUCUACUUCAAUAUUGCAGCAUGCAUUUUAUCAUGAAGGCCAUGCCAAUUGCCAAGUGCCUUCCUUAUUUGUAGCAUCGAAGAUCAAACUCAUCAUCAUCAAACGAGAACGAGAAACAAAACAACAACAAGCGAGUAAAGAAAGGAAUCUCUUCACAAAUUUUAACAUUCUAAAAUUGAUCAAUCUAGUGUUGAUUAAUUUAGUGAAUUGAUUAUUGAAUAUGGCUGGGAACGCAGAUGAAGAGUUUGAAGCCGAUGAUGUUGGAGAGGACUUUGAUGAGGUUGAAGAUGAUGCUGAUAUGGAGGAUAUGGACCAGCAAGAGGAUGAAGGAGAAAAUAUAGAAUUGCUAACACCAGGCGAAGCUCGUGGAAGCGUAGCCAAAUCAAACAGGAUAACAACACGCUACAUGACAAAGUAUGAAAGAGCAAGAGUGUUAGGAACAAGAGCUCUACAGAUAGCCAUGUGUGCCCCCCUAAUGGUGGAAUUGGAGGGCGAGACCGACCCCCUCCAGAUUGCCAUGAAAGAGCUGAAACAGCGCAAAAUCCCCAUCAUUAUCAGACGAUACCUUCCAGACAACAGUUACGAGGACUGGGGAAUCGACGAACUUAUCAUUAUUGAUCACUGAAUUUAAUUGUGUAAUCUUUAGGUUUUAAAUUUUUUAAUAAAAAAUUAUUUAUCAAG